AUGCUUAUUCACACAAGGCAGAAGCCCCACAUGUGCCAGGUGUGCCAACAGUCCUUCAACCAGAAGAGCCACCUCAAGUUUCACAUGCACCUCCACACAUGGGAGCGGCCCUUCAAGUGCCAGCAGUGUGAGAAGUGCUUCAAUCACGUCAGUCUGAAGAACCACGUCCAACGCCAUCAUGGCCCCGGCUCUGAGGUGCAGGGAGAGAGAGAGAAGGAACUGGAGAGUCAGGUGCCAAACUCUGGGACAGAGCAGGUGAGAGAGGGAGCAGGGGAAGAGUAG